UUGCCAGGGCCCUGAGGGGCGGACUAGCGGCAUCUGCGCAUGCCUAGUACGUGCACAGUGCUGGCGCGGGUGGCAGUCAUGGCGGCUCGGUGCGUGAGUUUGGUGCGGCGCAACCUCCCGGCUUUGGCGUUGUCUCUUAGGCCCGCCCCUCGGCUGCUGUGCACGGCCACAAAACAGAAGAACAACGGCCAGAACCUGGAAGAGGACGUGGGGCACAGUGAGCAGAAGACAGACCCUCCCUCUACGGAGAAGACACUCCUGGAGGAGAAGGUCAGGCUGGAGGAGCAGCUGAAGGAGGCUACGGAGAAAUACAAGCGAGCUUUGGCAGAUACUGAGAACUUGAGGCAGAGGACCCAAAAACUGGUGGAAGAGGCAAAAUUAUAUGGCAUUCAGGCCUUCUGCAAGGACCUGCUAGAGGUGGCAGACAUCUUGGAGAAGGCAACACAGUCUGUCCCCAAGGAGGAGAUUUCGGAGGACAACCCCCACCUGAAGAACCUCUACGAGGGGCUCGUGAUGACCGAGGUGCAGAUCCAGAAGGUGUUCACGAAGCACGGCCUGCUCCGGCUGGACCCCCUGGGUGCCAAGUUCGACCCCUACGAGCACGAGGCCCUGUUCCACGCGCCGGCGGAGGGGCAGGAGCCGGGCACGGUGGCGCUGGUGAACAAAGUAGGCUACAAGCUGCACGGGCGCACCCUGCGGCCGGCCCUGGUGGGGGUGGUGAAGGGGGCCUAGCCCCCUGCGGCAGUCGCCUGCCGCACCUCCGGAAGGGCUGGCGCGGCUGGUCUCCCUUCCCCGCACCUCGGUGGAAAGCCGUAGUGACCGCGGCUGGACGGGGGAAACGAGGCUGGCGGCACAGCCGCGCUCCUGGGCUGUGACCUGGGAGCCUGUCUGGGGACCUCCCGGUACCUGUCCAGUGUUCACGCGCGCACGGGACAGGCCGAGGGACGCCACUGGGCCCGGCAGUGUCACGAGUGAUGCUGUAUCUGCUCUGGUGGCUUCAAACUAUUUUAAACAAAUAAAAGGUCUUGGGGACUCGUGCUGUUUCGCUAGC